CGCUCAAUUGUCAAGUUGGCAAUCCGUAAAAAGUCGUCCACCAAGACGCGCGCAAGCACAAGCACAGGCGCAAAGGCCAACAAGUACCACUCCAAGCCGCUCGAAGCCGGCUCGCGCAUCCGCUUAACUCUAGUACCAUCUCUUGCGGUAUUAUAUCUCGCGCUUGUACCCAACUCGAUCCGCAAAGAAGUCACCGUGUUCCAGCACGGCCCCGCGGGUGCGGAAGCGACCGCGCGCGAGCUAUCGCGCAGCGACAUGUUGCGCAGCUUUGCAUCCGCGUUGGUGUCGCGCCCCGUCAAACUUAUUGACGACACGUUGAUGAACAUGGCCUCACUCUCGACAAAAGUCUUGGAAUCUUUCCACAAGCGCGAUGAUGCGCCCACGUUUAACUCUAUGGACGCGGCGGUCAGUUCGCUCUUUGGUUUGAAGGAGUACUCACUCGUACGCGUGACGCGUGCAGCGUCGUCUGAGCCCAACGGCUCGGUGCUCUUGAAGCUAGAGACGGCGCUGCCAGGCGAUGCGUGGCUCGCGGAUGACGACGACUCCAAUGAAGAGUUGAUCAACGGGAUUGGCGACAAGGGCGACCGUCCGAAUACGGUGUUUAUUAAGAAGGUGAUUGCGCGUCCGCGCUACAAGUCGGAUAUGAAGAUUUAUCUCAUUCCGCGCGCGACAAGCGCGUCGCUCUAUGUGGAGGAACGCAUGCUUCGUCGCGAUCUCGUGCGCGGAGUGGUUGACGCUACGUGCUCGAACCGCAUCAUCUUGUGCUCGUUCAACUUUCACAAGGCUGUUGCAGAGUAU